AUGCUGCCAGAGUGGGCAGCCCAUCGCGCUAUGGGGACGAUGGUGGCGAUGCUGCUCCUGUCGGGAAAGCCGCCGCCAAGUUCCGUAUAUUUCAGCCGUUUUGGUGGCGGAUUAACUGGACAACAAGUUAACUUGGCCGUCGGCUCUGUAUUUGCCUUCCUUGUCAACUCUGCUCUUGGUGCUGUGAUAACCACUGCGGCGGAUCAGGCGCUGUGGGCAACGAUUCGGACAAAACCAUUGAAGCUGGGCACCAUUGAUAACUUGGCGACCGUAACAACCGGAAUCUGGAGUGUAUUUGACUUCCGAUUGUGGAGAGAUAGCCCGAUUAGGAUGUUUGUGGUUACUAUCUUAUGGCUCAUAUCCAUUACGUCUUUCAUAACACCGGCCACUCUUAACGUAGGAUGGUCAGCAACAACGUUCACGUCCUUAAUGAGAGUCCCACAGAUCGAUUUUACCAGUUUGAACUUUGCCAACAUACAAUCACAGCCAGGUCUCUCGCCUGUGUAUGAUUACAGCAAUCCCCAAUAUGCUGUCUUACAAACAGUGACGGGAAGCACGACAGGAGGUUAUGUCUUGCCAAUACCCUCACCAUACGAAAAUGCUACAUGGGUGCUGAAAUUUCCCGGGCCGGCUCUGUCGUGCGGAAACAUUAACGAAGCAUCGGCUUCAUAUCGUAACAUCUCCGAUAACAUCCUCAACGCAACGACUGCGGGGGCAGAGGGCUGCGUGCGGUCCUUCGGCUACCUCUCUUGGGUGCCGACUAUCCCCUAUAACAAUUCCGGAGCCAUCAGCUCGCUACCGUUCCCGAGCCUCUUUAAUAUCUCGGGGAGCAAAUUGAGUAACGUUGUAUAUGAACCGCCGUCACUGCUGCUCGGGCCGCUAAACGGGGACGCUGAAGUAUUAGAACUCUAUAUCGCAGCCAUACCGAGUAUGAAUCAGGAUGUCACUUGCCAAAGGCAGCUACCUAAUAUGACUAUUACGAGUUGUUAUAUGUAUAAUACCUCAUACAUAGCGAACUUUACAUACGUCAACAACAUUCAGAGCGUAAACAUUACAACGCAAGGCUCGUUCAAUAACGUCUCGGCAACGGAAACCAUUGCAGGUGUAGCUCCGCUCGAAAUUGACCAGACCCCUCACAAUCCGCCCAUGUACAAUGUACAAGGGGUAGAGAAUUAUGCUUAUGAGGCUGUAAUGGACGCCUUUGGGCGAAUGUUUGUGGGAGCUAUAGUUCGUGACUUUGACGGCGAUCCGUAUGGGAGUACGGCGGGGGUAACAAUUACUGCCAAUAUGGCCUCAACACCACUCCUACAAACGAAAGAAUUCAACUUCUUGCAGCCUCUUACUGCGAUAGGCAGCAUAGUGUCACUGAAAGGGCUGAUUGCUGAUACAACUCGUCUGUGGAAUGGCCAUUCUAUCGAAGAAGCAGCCAACUCGACCAUCCCUAUGGCCAGGGUGAUGGAGGAGCUAUUCCGCAAUGCAACUGUAUCCCUAAUGAGCAAUUCUUUGCUACAGCCCAAUUAUUCUUCCCCAUAUGCACCACCUGAUGUGCCCAUGACCCAGACACACUAUGCUUUGAUUUACUCAUAUGCAGCCAAUACUCUCUGGCUUGCGUAUGGAAUUGCCCUUGGUAUGACUCUUCUCAGUAUCUUAUUAGGAGUUACCUCUAUAUACCAUAAUAGUGGUUUCUCAUACAUGUCUAAAUUUUCCACGAUACUUCGAGUCGCCCACUGCAUCGAUCUGUCAGAUGCCAUACAACCUGAAGAUAAGGAUGGGAAAGAUCCAACGCCACGAUACAUUAAGAAUUUGACGGUUUCAUUUCCGCCAACUGGAGAUACAGUGCGUUAUAGAAGAGCUAAGAAAGAUUCUGAGGGAGAGCAACUGCGGCAGAUGGAGGAGAAUUAGACGCGGAUGGCG